AUGGGGAGGCCGCCGUGCUGUGAGAGGAGCGGGGUGAAGAAGGGGCCCUGGUCGCCGGAGGAGGACCUCUUGCUCGUCUCCUACGUGCAGGAGCACGGUCCUGAGAAUUGGCGCGCCGUGCCUAGCAGCACCGGGCUGAUGCGCUGCAGCAAGAGCUGCCGGCUUCGGUGGACCAACUACCUCCGCCCGGGCAUCAAGCGCGGCAACUUCAGCGACCAGGAGGAGAAGAUCAUCAUCGACCUGCAGAAGCUGCUCGGGAACAAGUGGUCCACGAUUGCGUCGUACAUGACGGAUCGGACGGACAAUGACAUCAAGAACUACUGGAACACGCACCUCAAGAAGAAGCUCGCCAAGACGGGCACCAGGGAAAGCGGUGCCUCCGGCUCCGCCGAGAUGAAGGGGCAGUGGGAGCGGCAGCUGCAGACGGACAUCCACACCGCACGCCAUGCUCUCCAGGAGGCGCUGUCCUUCGACACUGCGCCGCCGGCCAUCAAGCCGGAGCCACUGCCGCUGGCGCAGCUGCCGGCGCCAGCCAUCAGCCCGGCGAUGUACGCUUGCAGCAUCGAGAACAUUGCGCGUCUGCUGGAGGUCUGGAUGCGCCCCAGGGCCAGCAGGAAGGCGUCGGCCGACUGGAUGACCUUCGUCUCGGCGGUCUCUGGUGGUGGCGAGGGCGGGUCGGGAAGCCACAGCGGCACAGCGCGCACGCUGGAGGGGUUCACCGGGACGACAAAGGUAGAGGGCCGGGGCCGUCGUCGUCAUUACCGAUGCUGGAGAGCUGGCUGCUCGACGACGGCAUGGGGCACGGUGACGCGGGCCUCUUCUGCGUGCCGCUGGCGGACCCGUGCGAGUUCUUUUAGAAACUGGACUGGAGGAUAA